UAAUCAUAACUUUCUCUGGCAAAUAAAAAUAUUAUAAAUGUAAAUCGCCGACUGCAUUGAAAUAUUUGUGAAGAAUAAGAGCUAUUCAAUUUAUAUUCAAUCAAAUGUUUAUUUCGGGUGGAAAACCACUAAAGCCUUCUGUUAAAUUAAGACCAGCACGAUGCCCUGGAGCACACUUCCGCCGGAAGUGCUGGCGAAAAUCUCCAACAUUCGCUUCCGGGAUCGCGUGGUUUUCGCUGGUGUGCCGCCAAUGGAACGACGUGAUCUUUGGAUUGUGCCCAUCAGCGGACUACCUGUUGCCUUUGAGAAGCUACAGCUACAGCGAUCUUUGCAUCGACCAUGUGCCAUCGUUACUUAGAAGCAGUGCCCGCCGUUAUCGUAACCUGGAGGUGAACUGGGAGGAAUCGGAACUACGUCCAGAUAAUCGUGAAGAUACGUUUUUUACGCAUUUAGAUCAAGCUCUAGUGAUUCUUGCUGAAAAGGGAUCCAUCAAAUGCCUUUGGUUAACCGCGCCUCUUGAUCAACGAAUGGUUCGUUUUUUCGCCAAACACGAAGCCCUUAUUGACUCGUUGGAAGAGCUCUGGGUAACAAUAAGUACCAAAUGCUUUACAUACACAGUUAGCAACACCAAGUGGACACCAGUUCAGGGUAGGCUUAGCAAUUUGCGCAGUCUAAAAUGGGAUGAAUACGAAAACUAUACUGGGGAAAUUUUUAAAGAUUUUAUAUUCGGCUUAAGCAUGCCCAAAGUUACAAAAGUAAAGUUGCGCAGAGGUCACGACUUUGAAAGCAGAGAUAGAAGCUUGAUCGAGUUAAGGGAUGCUGAAAAUGUCUGCGAACUGACUGUUGCCAACCUUGAAGAGUACUGUUCAAGACAAUAUUUCAAAGUGGCUCGACCAAAGCUGUGUCGCCUACGGUUAAACAACACGUUGAAUAAAAUGGCAAAUCAGGAGCUGCUGGAAAUCGCAAGUAAUCUUCCUAAUGUGCAACAUUUAAAUAUCAGCAUGGUGUGGAUAGAUUUUGCAACGUCCUUAUCGCUAGCAUCGAUGUUACAAUCUUUAACAGAACUAACGAUGGAUUUGCACUUGGUAAACCUAACACAUUUUUCUAAAAAGCUACAAGAUAUCCACGGUCUCACCAUUCUUCAUCUAAACUGUCAUAGCAGGUGUACUGUUGAGGAGAGCAUCCAAAUCGAACUUCUUAAGUUGGUAGAAUUUCGCUGCCGGUACGAAAUAAACGAAUCCGAUAGCCGUGUAUUUCUCUUCUGUCCGCGAAUUGCCGUAUUCGAGCAGACAAGCGAUGUCAGUAACGGCGGCAAUGCCAUCUUCUUUCAGCUACAAAGCUUCUGAUUUGGACGCAUUUUCUACACAACUCUUUGAGGGACAAAUCGAACGACGAUUGUGUAUCACCAAAUAAGGAAAGGCAAAUCCUCUGGUAAGAUUACAGAUAGGCUGAAGUCAAACUAUUUACUAUAUAUUUUAUAUUAUUUUUCUAAAAGAAACUAACAGUGUUGACAUCUUUAUAUAAAGAAAUUUUAAUUUAAACAAUUGUUUUAAAGAUUUUAAUCACACUCCCAAUAAACUUCAAAUAAAGAUAUAAAAUAACCAAAAAAAAGUGGAAAAGAUGUAAAAGAUCUUGCAACCAUGCAUGUCUAAAAAAUGUAAAGCUUACUUGAAAUAUACAGAACUUGUCACUAGAUUUAAAAAUACAAUUCAGAUCAAAAAGAAAAAAAAUCCGGAUUACCUUUUUUUAUUUAUGGUUUUGAGAUCAGCUCUAUGGGAAAUGUAAAAAAAGUUUAUUCCUAAAUUCAACCCAUAUUUCAAACAAUAAAAAUGUAAUUUAAGUAAUCACAUAUGGAAUUUAAAAAAAGAAUCUCGUUCGUGAAUUUCUCUUACCUGACCUCUUACCUUGUCGGGGUCGAGGGAAGGGGACAGAAAAAUAUAAAAAUUAAAAAAAAAACAAGCCACAGCCUAACAUUUGAAAGACAUAAGUGUUUUUAAAUGCAUUUUACACUAGUUCAGUUCCUUGCAAUCAUUAGUUUUCAAAAAAAGUAAGAUUUGACGAAAAUGAACAUUUUAGCGAAAAAAACUGGUUGCGGUACUGUAUUGGGGAAAUUUUCGUACUUUUGGCAGGUUAAGCACUCACUCCUAACUCCAUCCAAUUGGAUGAUUUUCACUAUUGAAACAAUUUAUUUUGCAAAACUAUUAAGCUAAUAAUCACUCACUUUUGAAAACACUUUUUAAGCUAUAAUUAUAAUUGAACGUCAAAGUGCUGAUAUGGCAAUAUAAGAAGCACGAUUGAAUUAGAUGAUGUUCCAGUAUCUAAUUGUGUUUAUACAAAUUCAAGAGAUUUUUAAAUAAACCCAAAUGAUUCUGAAUGCAGGAGAAUGCAUUUUAAAUUGAUUUCAGCUGAAUGCACUUCAACUUUCUUGGAAUUUUCGAGGUUUCCUGUAAAAAAAAUGAUUGCCCUGGAUUUUUCGACCCGAAUUCCAAAAAUAUUUGUACCAGCCUUAAGCCUCAUAUUAAUCUUUGUGUACAACAGGAGGCCGUGAUGUAGGGGUAAGCGUGGUUGCCUCUCCCCAGUCGGCUCGG